GACGGACAGGGCCGGGGCGGGCCAGAGCCGGGUCGGAGGGGCGCGCGCGGGGGCCGGAGGGGCGAAGGCGCGAGAGCGCGUGCGCGAGCGCGAGCGGCGGGGCUUUCUCCGUAGCCGUCGGAGGGAGCCGGAGCGCUUCUCCGGAGUUGCUGAUCGAUUGGUGGUGGGUCCAACAUGCAAGUGAGCGAGCGGUGAAAAGCAGCAGAGCCGAUGGGUCGUGAGGAUGUGAGUGGGUUUGAAGGCUUCCACACCCUCUACUCCAGGACAGAAUCAUGAAUAAACUGGAGGAUAAGCAGGACCAGAUGAUACCAUGAAGAGAAGUUUACAGGCCCUCUAUUGCCAACUGUUAAGCUUCCUCCUGAUCUUGGCACUGACCGAAGCUCUGGCAUUUGCCAUCCAGGAACCAUCUCCCAGGGAAUCUCUUCAGGUCCUCUCCUCAGGCACUCCCCCAGGCACCAUGGCGACAGCACCCCACAGCUCCACCAGACACUCCUCCGUGGUGACACUGACCCCCUAUCCCGAUGGACCCUCCACACAGGCCACAGCUCCCAUGGCAACAAUGACAUCCCGUCCAGAUGGGCACCCUCCUACAGACUCCAUCUCCACCAUUGUGGCAACAGCAACCACCCUCCGUUCUGAAAGCCCCCUGCCCACGGGGCCCCCUCCAGCUGCCAUGACAACCACAUCCUCCCACUCAGAGGGCCGCCCCCCGGGAGAGGCUGCCCCCACCAUCCUGCUGACAAAACCAUCGGGAGCCACCAGCCGCCCCACCACAGCAGCCCCCAGGGCUGCCACGCGCAGGCCCCCCAGACCCCCAGGCUCUUCCCGAAAGGGGGCUGGGAGUUCAGCGCGCCUUGUCCCACCUGCCCCUGGUGGCCACUCUGGGAGGAAGGAAGGCCAGCGGGGACGAAAUCAGAGCUCCACGCAUCUGGGGCAGAAGCGGCCCCUGGGAAAAAUCUUUCAGAUCUACAAGGGCAACUUCACAGGGUCCAUGGAGCCAGAGCCCACUGCUCUCACCCCCAGGACCCCGCUCCGGGGCUACUCCUCUCCACCACAGCCCCGGACAGUGAUCGCAACCACGGCACCCAACAGUACCUCGUGGGCACCACCCACCACCCCUCUGGUGCCUGCAGAGGACAAGCCAGGCCUUCACAAAGCAGCCCCAGGGGGUGGUUCCACUGUCACCAGCCGAGGAGGGGAGCUGGACACCACAGCAGCCUCAGGUGCCCCUGCCAGUCCACGACCUGACCCAGUGCCUUCUCAGCGCCCCCGCGACAAGCCGCAGGGCAGCCCCAGCCACAGUGACUCCUGGCUUACUGUCACCCCGAGCACGAGCAGCCCUCUGUCUGCCAGUGCUGGGGUCUUCACAGCUGCCACGGGGCCCACCCAGGCUACCUUCGAUGCCAGCGUCUCAGCCCCUUCCCAGGGGAUUCCUCAGGGAGCAUCCACGACCCCGUGGGCUCCAGCCCACCCCCCCGGGGUCUCAGAAAGCACUGUUUCUCGAGCCAGGGAGGAGGCUGCGGCCACCCUCCCCAUGACCGACAGGGUGCCCAGUCCUCUCUCCACAGUGGUGUCCACGGCCACAGGAAACUUCCUCAACCGCCUGGUCCCCGCCGGAACCUGGAAGCCUGGAACAGCAGGGAACAUCUCCCAUGUGGCCGAAGAGGACAAACCCCAGCACAGGGCCACCAUCUGCCUGAGCAAGAUGGACAUCGCCUGGGUGAUCCUGGCCAUCAGCGUGCCCAUCUCCUCCUGCUCUGUCUUGCUGACAGUGUGCUGCUUGAGGAGGAAGAAGAAGACAGCCAACCCAGAAAACAACCUGAGCUACUGGAACAACGCCAUCACUAUGGACUACUUCAACAGGCACGCCGUGGAGCUACCCAGGGAGAUCCAGUCCCUCGAGACCUCUGAGGACCAGCUCUCAGAGCCCCGCUCCCCAGCCAACGGCGACUACAGAGACACUGGGAUGGUCCUCGUCAACCCCUUCUGUCAAGAAACACUGUUUGUGGGAAAUGACCAAGUAUCCGAGAUCUAACUGCAGCAGCCUUCGCUUUGCCAUUCCCUAUUUUUCGUCUCUAAAUUAUAAAUAUACAAAUAUAUAUAUUAUAAAUAUAACCUUUGUGUAACCCUGACUUAAUGAGAAACAUUUUCAGCUUUUUUUUCCUAAAAAUUGUCAACAUCUUUUUUAUAAGUGUGGUUUAAAAAAAAAAAAACUUUACAGAAUGAUCCGUGGCUUUAUAAAAUAAAGGUAUUUCUAAGCAAAGCAGUUGCACUGAUUGCUUUGAUUGCUUCUCUUAAUAAGUGUUCUUAAACACUUGGAGAUCCCGGGAGCCCCAGACAGGUGAGGUAAGAGACUGACCUCCUGUAGAAGCUGAACGUUAGAAUGGUCAAGCGCACAGUCCUCUGAGCGAUUCUUAAAGCUCUAGCUCCUCCUGAUUCAGUGUGACCCGUUCCCUCCCUUCCCGUAUGCACACCUGUGAAGGCAGCUGGGCCACCCAGGGGGAAGACAGCAGACUCUUGUGCAGAGCAGGAAGAGGGGACGUGUCAUCACCCAGAGGAUGAGUGCCCUGGAACCUCACAAUGGCACCAUCAGAUGUCAAGUUUAAUUCCAUCCCAACUGUGGACGGUGGGCAGGAGCAUGCAGCCCUCGGGAAGCCACAGAGAACAUCCGGGCAUCCUGAGGCCACGUCCCCUACCAUCACACACAGGGCGCUUCCACCGUGCUAACAACGGGACUGCCUUCUCUGGCAGAAAAGUGCUCCCUUCAAGCCCAUUCCUGCGUCCCCUCCAACACCCACAUCUGCAUGAAACACCCAGGCCUUUCUCUCAGGGAGGGUUUAGCUGCAGAUCCCAGCCCUGAGGCUUUAGAGUGCUUGCCCUUCUUCAAGGAUCAAAUGUUUAUUGGGGUUUAGCUUUGUUUUCUCAAAAUGCCAUAGUAUUGUGCCCCUGAGGAACAUAUUUUUCUAAGAAGCCUUGAGGUGUGGAGCUGUAAUUUCUGAAAACUUCCUCCUGCAAUCAUAAAAACAAAAAACAAGAUUGCCCAAGCAAUAGCGUGGGAGAAGACAUCAUUGUACCCCUACUCAGCGUUGCAGACCUGCUUGCAGCACCGGCUGAUGGACCUGCCACCGGCUCUCAUCGUCCCUUGCCUCCCCCCAGUGCUCCCCCGGCCCACGCUGUGUCCAGCACAGCCAACAGGGGUCAGACCCUCAGAGACACCAGAGGGGCUUCCAGAGACUGCUGCUUCUCUAUUUUUUUCCUAAUAGACAGGAAGAGAUGAUAACUGCUUUGAUGCUUCCUUUCUCUAAAAGAAAAUAGUUUGAUAGUAUAUUUUGAAUAUAGAUGUUCUUAUAGUCAGAUUGGAAAUUGAACUUGAAUGUUGAUUCAUAUGUUUGUGUUGUUGCUGUGGUCUUUUUAUCAUGACUUUUUCCUUCCUGCAUUUUCCUUUUAAAAAAAAAAAAAUGGCCUUCAAAAAUGUGUGUUCUCAAUGUUGUAUGAACCUAUUUAACAUGAGUUUGGUUGUUGUCUCUCUUCAAAGACUCUUCAACCCACAAAGAAGCAGGUUAAAUGUUUCUCUGAGAUUCGUUUUCUAACAUGUUUCUGUCUGAUCUUUUAAACCUUAUCAUAAUAUUUCUGUUAGCUAUUGUAUUUAAUAUAUCAAUGUGUGUGAGUAUAUAUAGAGAGAAAUCUGUUUGUAAAGUAAAAUUUAUAUAUAAUAUAUGUAAUCAAAGAUGCAUAUGUUAUAUAUACAUAUGUGGAUGUACGACUUAUUUUUCCUUAUCCACAGAAUUCAGCUACCAUGUAUAUAUAAAUAAACUUAUUUUAUUAGCCAGAGGA